CUUCAAAUGUUAUUCAAACUAAAACUUGGGUUUUUUCAUACCAAGGUAUCUACAUAUCAAAAUGUCAAUCUUCGGACAUUCCAAUGCUUUAACAGACCCCAUAUUUUAUGAUCCUCUUUUCACAGUUGUUCGAAGUCACUAAAACAUGCCACUAGCUUUAGAAGCCCAACACGCUGAAGCUGCAAGUUCGCGGCACAUCGUGGGUAUAUCCAUGGAUAUGUCUCAGCGUCAGCACACGUAACCACGUAAGGGAUCCAGGGUACAGAUUUCUUUAUUUCAUUGACUAUUUUCUACUAAACGCCGUAGCUUCCGGCUACUAUUGUUAAUUUUAAUUGCUAGCUAUUUGAAGCUGAAGUUUCAAUUUAUUGAAUUUAAAUGAAUCUAUCAACGAUAUGCAUCUUUAACUCACUCAGAAUAUAAAAAUGGCUAGAGGUACUAUAACAUGGCUCCUUGGCCUUGGAGCUUUGAUAUUCGGUCUCCUUGCUGUAUACCUCGAACCAUUCCGAGAACUCUUGCUUCAAAAUGCCGAGUACUAUGAGAUUAAGCUCCCUUUUUCAACCCGGGUUGAUAGGGUUGACAGGGUCGACCCACCCGUCGUCUUUGACUUUGCCCGAGAACUCGCAUAUAUGGGAAGCCGCUCAGAUGGCGUGGAACACUUUCAAAAUAUCUUUUAUGCUGAGGACACCUCUGGAAAGAAUCGUUUCGCACCUCCAGUUCGCCUCAAUCAUGCGAAGGGAACUGUUAUUAAUGCUACUCAGUCUGGUGCCUGGUGUCCGCAAGGGACUGGUGAUAUACUGCCUUUCACUAGUCAAGUACUGAAUAUCAGUGAAAAUUGCUUGAGUUUGAGGAUUGCCCGACCAAAAAAUACGGCCCCGGAUGCGAAGUUGCCAGUGAUGGUAUGGUUACACGGGGGUGGUCAUGCACUAGGAUCUGCUUCAGAUAUCCUGUACCAACCCGAUGGACUUGUCAAACAAGCUGUUACAGAUGGCCAGCCAUUACUUUUUGUCGGAAUUAAUUACCGCCUGGGUUUCUUCAGUUUCGCGACAAGUAAGGCACUCAUGGAAGCUAAGCAUACGAACGUUGGCCUACGUGACCAGCGCGCUGCUCUUGGAUGGGUACGUGAUAAUAUCGAAAAUUUCGGCGGCGAUCCACAGCGUGUGACUGCAAUCGGGCAGAGUGUUGGUGCUAGUGAUAUUAGUUUGCAGUUGAUUGCGUACGAAGGAAAAUACGAUGUGCCUUUCCAGCAAGCUAUAAUGAUGUCCGGCGCCUCAGGGCUCAAUUUUAAUACCAUGUCGGACCUAGUAGUUAAUAACAGCGCCGCGGUAGCUCAUGGAGUAGGAUGCAUCAAGAACGGCGAUAGCCAAUCUGCUGAAACUCUUCAAUGUCUACGAGAAACCCCUUUUGAACUUCUAACCAACCUCUCCGUUACGGCCUCCCGUACCGCGCGCCCACCAUUCGGAGAGGCAUUUUUCUAUCCCACAUAUGACGGAGACUUCAUUACCGAUCGACCGACUGAAUUGAUGCGCGCCGGGAAAUUCUCCAAAGGCGUGCCAGUCAUCGCCUCUUGGGUAGCGAACGAGGGGGCAUGGUACGCUCCUCCAACCACCUCAACUGAUGAAGACGUGUUGUCCACUUUCGGACUCUGGCUAACCGGACACUCUGAAUCCACGAAAGCUAAGCUGCUGGAACUGUAUCCGCUAGCAGAUUUCGAGGGGAUGGUGAGACCGGAUUAUGAUGGGCCAAUCUCGGCUCAGUAUUACCGCGCCGCGCAGCUGAGUAAAGACAUCUGGUUCACAUGCCCCAUCCUCGAUUUCGCAUGGCAGUAUGUCAAGAAUGGUGGUGUGGAACCCGAGAAAAUGCGCCUUUACAAUUUCAAUGCGACGCGGUAUACCCCGGUUUUCGAGAACAUGGGGGUCCCCUUUUGGCGCGUCGCGCACUUGAGCGACAUCCCGUAUGUGCUGAAUAAUCAAGGUCUAGGCGGAGGGGCUGAUAACUCAGCCCCGCAAUUGGAGUUGUCGAAGGUGGUGAGCCGGAACAUCGUGAAGUUCGUGACUUCUGGGAUUCCUGAAGGAGGCGAUAAAGCGUGGCCAUCGGCGUUUGAUGGUGUUACGAAGGAUGAAUUAAAGAAGGAAUUCCCAAGCAAGGUUGCGCUGAAGUUGUUUGGAGGGCCGUAUGGGAACACGGCUGUUUCCGUUAGUAAGGGAGGAGAUGAGGCGGUUACGACGGAGGCGGAGCGGGCUUUAAGCUGGGAGAGAAUGUUUGAGAGGUGUGAGUUUAUAAGUAGUGAGAAGGUUAGGGAGGAGUCUGGGGUAUGAAAGGGUUAGCUGCGAGGUUUGGAUGGGAGUUGGAAAGACAGUGGGGCGCUGGCUGGGUUGACGUAACGAUCUGUUUUAGAACAUGAAUAAAAGUCAUUGGGAUUUGCCUAAGGUAUGAAGAUAUUAGGCUUCAUGAUUUACGAUGAGGUUGUGU